AGUGGUUUAACCUCACUAAAACAGAGCUGUUCAAUUACAAUUUUGUGGUGUUUGUGAAAAGAAAAAAAAAAGUAAAAUUUUUUAGCAAACAUCGAAGAAUUUUCAUGGUUUUUAUAGAAAUAAAACCAAAAAAUGGUACAUAACAAUCAAGAAAAUGAUAGUGGCUCCGGCUCAGAUUCGGAUUCGAGUGGUAGUCGUAGCCGCAGUUCCAGUCGCAGCAGAAGUAAUACACCGGACAAUGUAAAAGCAGGAUCAGGCAGUGAUCGUUCACGGUCUGGCAGUCCAGCCGGCUCCGCUUCAGGUCGUUCUAGAUCUAACUCAAAAUCCAAAUCACGCUCACGUUCUCGUUCGGGUAGUGCUCAUAGCAAUCGCUCGGGUUCCGGCAGUCCCAGAAAAUCACGUUCGCGCUCUAGAUCAGGUACACCACACAGUAAUCGUUCAGUUUCGGCGGGAAGUCAUCAUUCUAAUACUUCCAAGAGAUCAGGUUCAGCUGCCAGUCAUCAUUCAGGAGCCAGUCAUCAUUCGGCCGCCAGUCAUCAUUCUGCCGCCAGUCAUCAUUCGAAUAACUCUAAAAGAUCGGGUUCUGCAGUCAGUCAUCAUUCGAAUGCAUCCAAAAGAUCAGGAUCCGCUGUUAGUCAUCAUUCGAAUGCAUCUAAACGUUCGGGCAGCCGUACCCCGGCCGCUUCCCCCAAACCAGCCACAGCUGCAGGCAAUGAAGCCAAGGGAAACGAAGAAGAAUCAAGAUCACAGUCCCCUAAUUUACAAAUAGACGAUAGGGCGGCCUCGCGCUCUAAAUCACGAAGCAGAAGUCGAUCAAAAUCUGGAUCACGUAAAUCUCGUUCUCGCAGUAAUUCUUCAAGAUCGCGUUCUGGCUCUAGAUCACGUUCGGGCACACGCAGUCGAUCCGGUACACCUCAUUCCCACAAAUCAGGCAGCGGUUCUGAAUCGGGUAGUGAUUUUGGCGGUAGUAAGGCAAAAAAGAAACGUAAAGCUGUAUCCAGUGGCUCAGAGGAGGAGGGAGACAAGGAAUCACCUUCGAAAAAUAAAAAAUCACGUAUUAUUGAUUCGGACAGUGGCAGUGAAGCGGAGCAGGAUAAAACGAAUAAAAUUGAUGCCCAAGAUAUUUUUGGUGACGCCGACGACAUCAGUCUCUCCGAAGAUGAGGGAGACGAUGAUAAAAAGAAAUCAGAUAGUGGUUCGGAAAAAGGUUCAACAAAAUCACGUUCCAAAUCAAGAUCUAGAUCACGUUCAAGGUCGUCUUCACGAGCCUCGGCUAGAUCACGUUCGAGAUCAAGGACUCGUUCACGUUCUCGCUCAAGAUCUAGAUCACGUUCGGCAGAGAGAGUAGAACAACCAAGGGAAGACGAACCAGAACCAAUACCCGAAACCCGCAUAGAUGUGGAAAUACCACGUAUUGUCACCGAUUUGGGUAGAGAAAUACAUUUCGUUAAGUUGCCCAAUUUCUUGUCCGUAGACACUCGCCCCUUUGAUCCCGAAACCUAUGAAGAUGAAAUAGAUGAGGAGGAAACUAUGGAUGAAGAAGGUAGACAACGUGUCAAAUUGAAAGUUAGUAAUACUUUGCGUUGGCGUGAGUAUAUGAACAAUAAUGGUGACAUGGUUAAGGAGUCAAAUGCCCGCUUUGUACGCUGGUCCGAUGGCAGCAUGUCUUUGCAUUUGGGUAAUGAAAUUUUCGAUGUUUUUAAGCAACCCCUACAUGGUGAUCACAAUCACAUGUUUAUACGUCAAGGUACCGGUCUACAGGGUCAAGCUGUUUUCCGUACAAAACUCACCUUCCGUCCUCAUUCGACGGAAUCCUUUACACACAAGAAGAUGACCAUGUCUUUGGCUGAUCGUUCGACCAAGGUAUCGGGUAUUAAGAUUCUCACCCAAGUGGGCAAAGAUCCCAAUGUGGAUCGUCGUUAUAAUCUUAAGAAGGAGGAGGAGAAGCUAAGGCAAGCUAUGCGCGAUCAGCACAAGCCUCAGCCUAAAAAGAAAAAGAGAGAUGAUGCUCGUGGAGGAGCUCAUGGAGCCUAUCAUCACGAUGAGGGUAGUGAUGAUGAAAAUGCCAUUUCUUUGAGUGCAAUUAAGAAUAAGUACAAAAAAGGCUCAACUGGUCCUGCGGGAGGAGAUCAAAAAGCUUCGGCUAUUUACUCCUCAGACGAAGAUGAUGGUUCCGAUUUUGAGGGUAGACGCAGCAAGAAACAUGUGGAUAAAACUAAAGUGGUUAAGGCUUUGCGCGACUCUGAUUCUGAAUCGGAUGUGGAACGCGGCACAGACAAGGGUUCCCACAGUGAACAUAGCGACAGUGGCGAUGAGAGUGGUGGAGCCAAAUGUGGAGGCGGUAGUGGCAGUGGUAGCGGUAGUGGUUCCGGCAGUGACGAUGAGUGAAUGGGGCGGGAAUCAGAAAAUUUCUUCGUUUUUAAGUAUUUUUUUAUAAAUAUUUUCUUUGUCGUUUGGAAAUGAUUGAUGGAAUAUUUGUUUUUAAUAAAAGAAAUUGACAACAUUCGA